AUGACGUCGGAGCUUGAGAAUUUAUCGAAGAAGAGGAAGUUGGAAGAGUCAUUGGGUGGUGAUGAAGGGAGUUUCAUGAAGAGAUUGAAAUCGGUGUUCGAUAUGGAGCUACAACUCGAGACUCGAUUACCUUCGGAGUGGCAGAGAUGCCUUGAUCUUCAGUCAGAGCUAAUACACUUCUACAAUACAAUGACUCGUACAAGAACUUGUAAGGUCCAAAGCAGAAGUCCAGAACCUACAAGUACCGGUCACAUAAGCCUAGACCUUGAGUUAAACCAUCCAUGUGAUUUAUUAAGGAAAGUUAAUGCAUCCGAUCACCGAUUCAUCACGAGGGUCGAUUCCGUUGACGAGCAGAUUAACUGUUCAAUGAGGAAUCUCUCGUGGUUGGUGACGGAAGAGAACGAGGAGGAGCGGAAAGAGAUGGUGGCAAUCGUGUGCAGCCGGUGCUAUAUGUUGGUGAUGCUAAUAAAGUCGUCACCUGCUUGCCCUAACUGA